AUGAAUUUACAGUCUUUCUUCUCUCUCUCUUGCAAGUUAUUACCACUCUUCUCUCUUGAGAGAAUCUUCAUCUCUCUUUUUGUGAAAGAAGUUGGGCCUUCAAGCAUUAUUACUUCUUCCUCUCCCUCUUCUUUACCAGUUGUUACUGCUUCUCUCUUACCAGCUCAAGCUGGUUCUGCUCUGUCUUCUCUCUCUACAGUUGUUGCUGCUCCAGCUCUGACUAGAAAUAUUGUUGUUGCUGUUCCCCCUGCUCUGGCAGAGUUUAUCAUCUUCAUUCAAAUACUGCCAGUCACUGCUUUUACUAGUGCUUUGCAGGUCAAUCCAGUGAUUCUUCCAGAUCUCUCACCCCAUACUGGGGCACAAGCUUUAUCUGCUUACAAAAGAGCAUGGUAUUACAAGCCUAUUCAAAAAUCUGUACUUAUUACUGGUUUGAAUAAUCUAAACCAGUUGACUGUCCAUACCCAGCUCUAUAAAAGUAUUCUCAUGACUUGA